UUCCUUGCCACCUUGGAGGUCGAGAAAACGGGGUAUGAUCAAAUGGUGAAGACGAUGAAGUUCCGCUUUGACAAUAAAAGCUACACCAUCAACACAAAGACAUUGGAGAAGGACAUUUAUCAAGCCUCGAAAGACCCGAAUCUCCCUUCAUCCUUUAAUGCCAAUGAUGUUUGGAGUUUGAUAGCCGAGACUCCAACACAUCCCGCCCCGAGAUAUAUUCCCAAGUCGACCAAGGCGACCUCGAUACGCAACCCGGUGUUGCGAUUCUUGCAGAAGGUGGUGGCGAGCACCAUAUUUGCGAGAGGAGAGAUGGGUGGUUGUUCUCUCCGUGAGCUUACGGCUAUUUGGUGUAUGUUGAAGA